AUGCCUGCAAGUGAAUCUAGCGAAACCAUGCGGGAAACGUCCCCAUACCGAGGACGGAGGAGAAGCAGCUCUUUCUCAGAUCAUAUACAUCAUCUCGACGAAAUAGAUGCUCAAUCUCGAUAUGAGGAGGAGACAGCCGACCGAGGUCUGGGCGCUCUUCACAACAUUCGCUCACGGACACGAAGCCGUACCGAUGAAGUCCUCGUCAGUUGGGAGGUUGACGAUCCUGAGAACCCAGUCAAUUGGUCGAAUACAAAGAAGAAAAUGGUUCUCUUAUGUACCUCGGUUCUAGUUAUCAAUUCCACCAUGGGAUCUGCGCUUCCAAGCAUGGCAAUUCCGGACAUCGUCAAAGAUUUUGGCAUCACAUCAGAAGAACAAAGUGUUCUACCCAUAUCCGUUUACUUGAUCGGCUACGUCUUAGGACCUGUUGUUUGGGGCCCUCUCAGCGAGCAUUAUGGGCGCAGGAAUCUGAGCCUUAUUACCUUUUGUCUCUUCACCAUCUUCACUAUGGCUUGUGCUCUUGCUCCCACUUGGCCCGCCCUGUUGAUUUUCCGCUUUUUCUGCGGAUCUUUCGCGAGUUCACCCAUUGCCAUUGUGGCUGGUAUAUUGGCGGAUGUAUAUGACGAUCCCCGGACGAGAGGCAGGGCAUUCGCCAUCUUUAUGGUGUGCACCACUGGUGGCCCCAUCCUAUCGCCAAUCAUCUCUGGCUUCGCUGGUCCCAAUAUCGGCUGGCGUUGGGUCUUCUGGAUCGGUUUCAUUAUCGCGGGCACAACACUCGUCUUGAUAGUCUUCCUCCCUGAGACAUACGGCCCAAUUCUACUCUCUCGCCGCGCCCAGAAACUCCGCAAACAAGACCCUUCAUCUCGUGCUAUUGCCCCGCGAGAUCUCGAGACGACAGAUCUUAAACAACUCCUCACUGUGGUCUUGACUCGCCCUCUUCGCAUGCUCAUCUCCGAACCCAUCGUGACAACCUCUUGCGCCUAUCUCGCACUUGUCUAUUCCAUCUUCUAUAUGUCCUUCCAGGCAUUCCCAAUCAUCUUCCAAGAUGUCUACGGCCUCUCACCAGGUGUCACUGGUCUCGCGUAUCUUCCCAUCUUUGGUGGUGCAGCCUUGACUCUUCCCAUCUUCUGGACAUGGGAUAAUGUCCUUGCCCGUGCUGUAGAGCGUGAUGCAUCCUGGGUACGCCGCGAAGAGUACCGUCGCCUCCCUCUUGCCUGCCUAGGAGGCCCGCUCUUUGUUGUCUCUCUGUUUUGGCUUGGCUGGUCUGCAAGAGAGGACAUAACCUUCGCAGCACCCAUGCUUGCUGGUGUUCUUUUUGGAAUGGGCUUCAUGUUAAUCUUUAUGGCCAUACUGAACUAUCUCACUGACGCAUAUGAGAUCUUCGCCGCCUCUGCAAACGCUGCCUCUUCCACAACGCGGUCCCUCUUUGCUGUUGUGCUACCACUUGCCACAAAGCCCAUGUUCCGCCAACUCAACAUCAAUGGUGCAUGCUCUCUUCUUGGUGGUCUCAGUGCACUCAUGUGUUUUAUCCCGUUUAUCUUCAUCUGGAAGGGUCCCAGUAUCCGAGCUCGCUCGAAAUUCUGCAUUGCCCUGCGUGAACGAAAGGAGGAGAUGCAGCGGAAAGAAGUAGAGGCGAGAGCCAGAAAGGAGCACCAUGAAUUAAGAGAUAUAGAGAAGGAGAAAGAGACCGUAUAA